GUCAGAGUUGGAACAGAAAAUGAGCUGGCUCCUCCUCUGCCCUCUCCAAGACUCAUGUUCUGGGACAAGUGUCGCUUUCUGGAUUUGGGUUUGGCAUGAGGUGGAGGCAGAGUGUGUGGGUGUGCAGAGACUCGGAUCUGGUCUGGAGGGUCCCCACAGCCUGCUGUCCUCUUGUCUCCAUACUUUAGGGAGUGCAGAGCGAGGCCCUGAGAGGGCUGUUCCCCUUCCUGUGAGGCAACAGAUGAGGAACCCAUGACGUGUCACACGGAGCCUGGUCCUUGUCACAGUCCAUGCGGCUGUCUGUCCUGUCUGGCUCUGUGGUAUUUAUCAGUCGUCUGCUCCACUGGGGACCAUGGGAGGCAGAGCCAAGACACCUACGCUCACUGCCCUUCUCUGCCUUGGGCUGUGUCGGGGCCCAUGGAACCAGGUACAAGCGGGAGCCCUCCCGAAACCUUCCAUCUGGGCUGACAGCUCCAUGGUCACUGUGGGGAGCACUGUGACCAUCGGGUGUCAGGGGUCUGUGCAGGCUGAUGUCUACCAUCUGUAUAAAAACAGUGGCUUUAAACCCUUCGAUACAAAGACCAGACAGGACUCCAGCAACAAGGCCAAUUUCUCCAUUGACUCUGUGAGCUCACACACUGCAGGGCUAUUUCAGUGUGUAUAUCACACACGCAGGAAUGGCUGGUCAGAGUACAGUGACCCCCUGCCGCUGGUGGUGACAGGAGUGUUCAACGCACCCUCUCUCUCAGCCAACCCAGGCCCUGUGGUGGGGUCAGGAAUGAAUGUGUCCCUCUCCUGUAGCUCAGAGUUGACAGGGGGCAUGUUCCAUCUGCUGAAGGACGGAGGAGCUGACCUGUCAAGACACAUGGAAUCAAGGAUCUAUCAAUGGAGGUGGAAGGCUGUCUUCCAUGUGGGCCCCGUGAAUACCUCCCAUGGGGGGACCUACAGGUGCUAUGGUUCUCACAGCUCCUACCCUUAUGUGUGGUCACACCCCAGUGACCCUCUGCAUCUCGAGGUCACAGGCGUGUACAGGGAGCCCUCCCUCUCAGCUCAGCCGGGCUCGCUGGUGCUCUCUGGAGACAACCUGAUGCUCCAGUGUCACUCAGAGGCCGGCUUUGACAGAUUUGCUCUGACCAAGGACAAGGGUCUCACACAACCCCAGGAUCUUCAGGGUCAGCACAGCCCUGACUUCCCCCUGGGCCAUGUGAACCACACACAUGGGGGCCAGUACAGAUGCUACAGUGGACACAACCUCUCCUAUGCAUGGUCAGCCCCCAGUGUCCCUCUGGACAUCCUGAUCGCGGGAAUGUAUGAGAAACCCUCCCUCACAGCCCAGCCGGGGCCCUCAGUGUCCUGGGGAGAGAACGUGACCCUGCAGUGUCAUUCUGAGAUCUGGUUCGAUACCUUCCAUCUGUUCAAGGAGGGGUCACUUAUUCCUCCCCAGAACCUUCCUCUGCAGGACACGGCUGCACCUUUUCAGGCCAACUUCACCAUCGGUCCUGUCACCUCAGAACACGAGGGGACCUACAGGUGCUAUGGCUCAGACAGCACUUCUCCCUACCUGUUGUCACUCCCCAGUGACCCCCUGGAGCUCGAGGUCUCAGGUCUCAAAUGGUACCUGAAGAUUCUGAUUGGGGUCUCGGUGGCCUUCGUCCUGCUGCUGUCUCUCCUCCUCCUCUUCCUCCUCCUCCAACACCGACAUCAGGGCAAACACAGGACCUCAGCAGAUGCUGCCGUGAAGGACACACAGCCUGAGGAGGAGGUGGAGCUGGACCAUCAGGGUCCCCAUGAUGAAGACCCCCAGGGACUGACGUAUGCCGAGGUGAACCACCCAAGAUCAAGGCUCAGGCAGGGAGUGGCUACCUCUCCUUCCCCCCUGUCAGAGGAAUCACCGGACAUGAAGGACAGACAAGCAGAAGAGGACAGAGAGAUGGACAGACAGGCUGCUGCAUCUGAAGACCCCCAGGACAUGACCUACGCUCAGCUGAACCACUUGACCCUCAGGCGGGAGACAACACCCCAUUCCUCCCAGUCAGAGGAGCCCCCAGCGGAGCCCAGCGUGUAUGCUGCUCUGGCCAUCCACUAGCCCAGGAAGGACCCCGACCCCACCCUCCAGGGAGGGAGACUGCAGGGACCCCAGAAGGCACAGGAGCUGCCCCCAAUGGACACCUCCUAAUGACCCCCAGCCAGCCUGAACUCCUAACAUGGGCCACCAGGACCUUCUGGGACACUUUGGGACUCGCUGAUUCUGCCAUCAAAGAUAACAAGUAUCCACACAUUUUGGAAAAAAGCAACAGACUUUUCAAUAAUCCAUGAGUGAAAUGACAAAACCAAAACUGAAGAGAGAGAAUGUUUUAAAUUGAAGGAUAAUGUAAAUAUUAUACAUCAAUCCUGCCAAAUAGGAAAAUUAAGAACCAUGAAUGAGUAAAUAUCGUAGAAAAGGAAAACCUAAAAAAUCAAUGACCUAAGCUAUCAUACCAAGAAUUUAGAGAAAGAAUAGCAAAUUAUUCCAAAUGAAGAUAAGAGUGAAAUAGUAAUGACAAGAGUAGCUACCAAGGAGGUCAAAUAAAAAAUAGGGAAAAGUCAAUAAAGCCAAAAAAAUUCAUUUUUGAAAACAUUAAUCACACUUAUCAAGCCCAGCCACAGCACUCAAGGAAAACGAGAGAAGUCACACAUUACCACUAUCAGGACAGCAUCACAGAUCCUACAGACUUUAAAUAGAUAACAGGUCAUUAUGAUCAAUUUUAUGCCAAUCUAUUAGAAAAUUUAGAUGAAAUGGACAAAAUCCUCAAAAAGACAAUUUACCAAAAUGAUGGAAAUAAAAAUCAAAUAGGAUAUCUGAACUGUCAUAUAUAUUAAAUAUGUUGAAUCUAUAAUUAAAAGUUUUCCAACAAAGUGAA